AUGCAUGAUUACGGUACCGACGCUGUGUGUGCUUCAGAUAUUGGCAUGACAUGGCAUGACAGUGGCUCUACAAUCACCGACAGCAUCUCGAACAACCCUACCCACUCAAAAAUGUCGGUCUGCCCUGCCCUUGCACUCUUCUUUGUUUCUUUUAUCAUCGCCUCGGCACAAUCCACCUCCAAUAACUGUGAUAGAGGCUUUUUCUUCAACGGUACACGGUGCCGAGAAUGCCCGGCCGGCACCUAUCAGGAUGAACGCCGUGCCGGCAGUUGUAAGAAAUGUCCCCCUGGAACGUUCAGCGAAAUACCCGGGAUGGUUGGAAUCGAUUUAUGUCUUCCGUGUCCUGCCGGGACGUUUUUGACAAAACGGGGAAACCCGUCCGAAGCUAAUUGCAUCAAAUGCCCUCCCGGCCAGUCUUCCGUACGAGGUUCGAUCUCUUGCGCUCGCUGCAAUCCUGGCACUUUUCUUGUCGCAAGAAGAGAUCGCUUAGAAUGGAACCGAAGAAGACCGACUUGCAGAAAUUGCCCUAUGAACACGUUCAGUGCCAUGCCUAAUGCUAAAAAAUGUACGCCGUGUCCGAUAUCUCUUGUGAGCACUGAAGGAAAAGCGAUAUGCACCAAAUGCAGACCAGGAUUUCGUUUAACCAUAGAAGAUCUUCCCGGUAGGAGAUGUGUGAGGUGCAACUCCUUCAAAGUCAGUGAUGGAACUACGCCUUGUCUGCGGUGCCCUCCCGGGUUUUUCAAUAGACGGUCUGUAGGCGCCUCCACUUGUAGGCCAUGUCCCCCGGGAACAACGUCAUCACAGAAUGGCGACAAGUGUGAAAAAUGCCUUGCAGGCAGCGUUAGAGGAACUGGAUCACCGUUCUGUCUUCCACGAGACACUCCCUGCCCGGAGAACUACUUUCUCAACGGCGCGAACGCAUGCCAGACGUGCAGUAAAAGCGAGCGUUUUGACGAAAAGACCAAGAAAUGCAUUUCAUGUGGCCGAAACAUGGAGAGCAAAGGCGGCCUUUCCCAAAUAUGCGAAAAGUGCCCCUCCGAUCGCGUUUCGGGCAGAAAUGGUUGUGUCUGCAAACCGGGAUUGGCCAUCGACCGAGAUGGAUCGUGCUUUCGUUGUCCAGCUGGUCAAAUAUGGGAUGGGGACUUCUGCAGGGAAUGUGAUGGCCUGUUUGAAAUUGUCCCUCCAGGUUCGCUUUCCUGCUCCGAGUGUCCGCCAGGCACAGUUCCAUCUUUUCCGUUUGCUCGUUGUGAGACCUGUCCAAACGGCACACGGCCCUCAAUGGAUAUCGGCUUUAACUCCAAAUUGACUGCAAGGUGCGUUGAUGUUAAGACUGGGUGCCGCCCCGGGUUCCUCCGCAAUCUUCUUGACGGAAACUUUCGGGAUUGCCACCCCGCAUCCUGCCCACCUGGGACAGUAGAACAACUCGUCAACUUUGGUUUUUCCGACAGGACACGCAUCUGUCACGACUGUCUUCGUGGUGAGUUCUUCAAUCGCGUUAAAUGUAAACGUUGUCCAGGGAAUGCAGUCAGUCCUGGAGGUCUUGUCAACAGCUGUCAACGGUGUCCUCGGGGGAUGGAGCCGGAUCCCGAAGAUCUAAGUCGAUGUGCUUGCCUCUCCACGUUCUCAGAAGCAAGGGGAAUGGUAAACGGGAUUUGCGCGCCAUGCCCGAAAGGAAUGUUUGGCUUCCUUCUUAGUGAGCUUGGGUGUCGCAAGUGCCCGUCCGGUCUAGUAUCAGCGAGGAGGGGAGCUUUCGAAUGCAAGCUUUGUCCCAUUGGGUCAGUUGCAAACAAGAAUCAGACUGGCUGCGAAGAAUGCGUCUCCGGGACGACAAGCUUUGGAGUCGGCGAAACGACUUUUAUAUACGGCGCCCUCGCCGCCUUGGCGCCGGCACAGCUGCCUUCCAAACGCCUUGUAAAACGCCUCCAGCAACACAUGCCGCUCCCCACCCCGCAGCCUCCUCAGCUGCAAGACGGCAGGCACGGGCAGCCCAUACGGGUCAUCCUUCUCCGCGCAACGCCCCAGGUCGUCUGCGACAGCCUCCCUCGCGGCGUGCCUGCUCGAUGGCCGCGCGCGAGAUGUCCGGGCGGACGACAGGUGGGCGUCGUAGCGGCGCGUGGACAGGUGCAAGGGGCGCUUGAGAGACUCGGAGGACGGGGUGGCGGCGUUGAGAGGCCAUUGUAG